GAUGGCAUACAAAAGCGCUUACAUAUGAUAAGCACUCCGGUUAACUCCGACGUGACAGCCAUACAGUAAGAUGACGUCUCCUCUUGGGGGUCACAUGACACUCCUUACUGUAAGUCCAACAUGGCAGACGGAGGGGCUCUUGCGCGGCAACUAACGCAACAUUUCAACUGAAACCCCAGAGCAAUUUAACACUACCCCGCGGUGCACGGCAACGAUGAAGGAAAGGCAGAAGAAAAAGAAGGGGAGGACGUGGGCAGAAGCCGCCAAAACGGUUUUAGAGAAAUACCCAAACACGCCUAUGAGCCAUAAAGAGAUCUUGCAGGUGAUCCAAAGAGAAAGGCUGAAAGAAAUCAGUGGGACCUCACCUCUGGCAUGUCUGAAUGCAAUGCUGCACACUAACUCUCGUGGUGAAGAGGGGAUCUUUUACAAAGUCCCAGGCAGAAUGGGAGUCUACACAUUAAAGAAGGACAUCUCGGAUGUGGUGAAGGAGCUGUCUGAAGAGGGUUCGGAAGAGAGCAGUGACAAUCUCUCAGAUUCCCGAAGCACAGAAAGUCUCUCUCAAGAGGGCAGGAGGGGGAGGUGGAGACGACGAGUUCCCUCCAAGCUGCAGUCGCAGCCCUCGUCUCCGCAGCCUCGAUGCUCGUCGCCGUCUGUCCCCACCAGCAAGCUCAUCUCUCCCUCCCAGAAACACAGCAAAAAAGCUCUGAAACAGGCUUUGAAGCAGCAGCAGCAAAGAAACCAGCGGAGACAGGGGGGGAUGCCUGCCACCUCCAGCCCUCGACUGCUUCUGAAGACAGUGGCUGACAACAUUACCGCAAAGACUGCAUCAAUGUGGGACCUGAAACAGUCAGAUCGCUGUCCUGCAAGCCCUCAGAACUCUUCCUCCAGUUCCUCUUCCUCUACCAAAACAGACCUGUGUCAUCCUGCUGGAGCCAGGAAGAUAACCCAGCGGUCCAGUCGUCUUAGCGCACGGCAGCUUAAACGCACUAAGUGUGAGAUAGACGUGGAGACACCGGACUCUAUUUUGGUGAACACCAAUCUGCGGGCAAUCAUCAACAAGCACACCUUCUCUGUGCUGCCUCCAGAAUGCCAACAGAGGCUGCUUAAGCUUCUGCCUGAAGUCGACCAGCAGGCUUGUAUGGACGGCCUUCUGAAGGUCACCAGUUCCGCCUUGAACAACGAGUUCUUCACAUCAGCAGCACAGUCGUGGAAGGAGAGGUUGGCUGAGGGCGAAUUCACACCUGAGCUGCAACUCAGAAUGCGACAAGAAAUUGAAAAGGAAAAGAAAGUGGAGCACUGGAAGGAGACCUUCUUUGAAAACUACUAUGGUGAAAAUUCUGGGCUCAGCUAUGAAGAAUCUAAAGAGCUGACAGAGGCUGAUCUGAAUCAGAAGCCUGCCGGUCCUCAGCCCCCAUCUCAGCACAUAGGACCUGCAGCUCUUGUACUGAACGAUCCCAAGGGCACCAAGGACAGCAGCCAGGCUGCUUCCGCUGUGUCUGCUGCCACUAAGAGGGAUAUGAAGCCAACAGCAUCAUUACCACAGGAGCAGCCAAAGACACAGUCCGCUCAGAAAGAACUGGGCCCUGCCGCGGAGCCUAUGAAGACGCGUCGCUCCCAGCAAGCCGAGGAUCGAAAACUGAACAGAACUACACUGUCUGGGCCAGCCCCGCCAGUGUUGGCUCCUCUGGCAGUGGCUCCUCUGGCGGUGGCUCCUCUGGCGGUGGCUCCUCAGGCAGUGGCUCCUCUGGUGGCAGCUCCUCCGGUGGCAACUCCUCCGGCGGCAACUCCUCCAGUGGCAGCACCAGCAGUUGAGAGAUUGGUGAGAGGAGAGACGGGGGUUAGUGAGCCUGAGAAGGAUCAUCAGGAAGAGGUGAAGGAGGAGAAUACGGACCCUCCCAACUCCCCUGUCAGGAAGAGCUCUCCACCCAAGGCCAGUUCUGAAGACCAGCCAGUGCCUGUGGGCAAGUCUGCUCAGGAGAGAGAAGAGUUUGUGUCUGUCAGCCCUGUGCUUGCUGGCUCCACAGAGUCACAGAAAAGGAAGCCUCCUAGCGAAGCUGAAGGUGAAGUGACACCAGAGAAAAGACCCCGCAUGUCUUCUGUUUCCUCACUAUCUUCAGUCUCCUCUGUAUCGCCUCCUGCAUCAUCCAUCUCUAGCCCAUCCACGCCGACUCCAGCAGCCAGUCAGAAAGUCCCACCACUCAAGAUUCCAGUUUCGCGAAUCCUUCCUGUCCCUGUGUCACCAAGCCAAGUGUCACCCAGGACACCCCUCCCCACACCUCUUGGCAGUCCAGGCCGCACCGGGGCACGCACUCUGGCUGAUAUCAAAGCCAAAGCUCAGCUUGCUCGUGCACAACGAGCAGCUGCGGCAGCGGCAGCAGUAAUGUCAGUGUCUAAGGGUGCAGUACCAGGCCCAGGCCCAGGGGGUGGCGGUGAGCAGACAUGGCCAUCCCCCAGCACCACUCCCAGUCCUACAUCCCUACUACCAACCACCAGGUCACCAGCCACCUCCAACAGCAGCCAGACCAGCACGCCUCCCUCCCACCCACUGGAUUCCUCUGGUCAGCUAAACAUUGGUCAGCCUCUGGGCUCCAACACCAGUAGAGCUGAUGACAAAAAAAGAGGCUGCUCAGAUGGUGCUAUCAGUGCAGGUGCUCAUGGCAGUCAAAGGACCUUUGAUUCAUCAGCAGUGCAUCCAACUCUGUUACCUGCACAUGGAGUGAAGGGACAGGAAAUUGUUUCUUCUGGGUUAACUGCCAGGGCCAGCUCCUGUAUCCCUGCCAACAACCCACUGGUCACUCAGCUUCUGCAGGGAAAAGAGGUUCCCCUAGACCAGAUCCUCCCAAAGCCAUUGGCUAAAGCAGAGGUCAGGGUGUCGGGAUUGCCCCCUACUUACAAGGGUAAGUUCUCACACUCAGCCCCAAGCGGUGUUGACGAGCACAGGUCUGACAAACAGAUUUCCAACCAGCUCACCAUAGCAGGACGAGCUGGGGUUUCUUCAGAAUACACACGACAUCAAAGGGAGCUGCCCGAUAAGGAGACCCAGGAACAAAUCCUUCAAGCUCUGAUGCAGAGGAAAGCCCAGCAGAGUCAGCCUUAUGGGGGCAUCGGGCCUCAGCCCUCCCAGUACACUGCCCACCAACUGGGACAUGUGGAAGAGCAUCAACAUCAACCCCGGUUCUCUGUAGGUCUCCUGGGCCGUAAGAGGAUGCUCAGGCCUGCUAUGACUGGACAUUACCUCCUGAAUGUGUCUACCUAUGGCCGAGGGUCGGAGAGCAGUAAAAGGUUACACCAGUCUGUUAUCCCAAACACCUCUGUGUCCAACCUGAAGAGGGAAAACACAGAAUGUGAGGAGGGAGCUAGGGAAGAGGAACCAGCCCGGAAACUCCUCUGUCCUGCUCCCAGGGUUAAGAUGGAGCAGCAGGGGUACCCUGUAACAAAGUCUGACGAAGUAGUGAGUUUUCAGCACUGCCAGAAGGUAAAGACUGAACCUCUCCCCUUCAGCUGUGGAAUCGAGGACAGUACAACUGGUCUCGAUGGCAGUGACGCCACCACCAGAGCCAAGGACAGCGGCCCCUUUCCUCACCCACACCGUCAGCACCUCGAACUCUGCAAUACCAAUCAAGGAAAUUCCGAGCCAUAUCUUGUGACGCCCCAUGUGGGAAUUGACCUGGGCCACCAGCGACCGGCUGCCUUUCAAUCCCAGAGAACGCUGGAUAAUCAGGAAGCCGUGGGUUCGUGCUACAGUGGCACCAUCAGCAUGUCUGUACCUCAUGCCAUGAACCACGGUGCAGCGGGCACUGGCUCGUCUGCUGCUCUGCCCGAGGCCGAUAACAGUGGUAGUGUCCAUGGGAGCGUGAUGUCUUUCUCAGUGACUGUCACCACCAUACCCGCUGGUCAUUCAUUGGACCCUGGUAACCAGGGAGAGCCAUCGCCAGAGCAGUCUUUUAUGGAGGGUUCUGGGAUGGAGGACGUCCAAUCCAAAUGCUACUGCCGUCUGAAGGCUAUGAUCAUGUGCAAGGGCUGUGGAGCCUUUUGCCAUGAUGACUGCAUUGGUCCCUCAAAACUUUGUGUUUCAUGUUUAGUGGUACGAUGAUAUUGAGAGUAAAAAAUGAUAAUUAACAUAAAACCAUGGUUUGUUUUAAAUGUAUUGCACAAAGCAGAACCAGGUCAUUCAGAAUCAAUACAAAAUCACCCUAGGUGGAAAGCACAAUAGCCAUACAGCAGCCAGCAUCAGGUUGCUAAAGGAAGGAUGAUAAUUUACACUGGAUGAACCAUUCUUUCACCAAAAUUUGCGAAAAAUUUGUUUGCUUUGUGCAAUUUUGUAAUGUUGAUCAGUUUGAUUCACAUGGGUGGAGUUUCAGAUAUUGGACAAAUGUAAAAUAUGGCAAUGUUUUGCACUUGCUAGGGUUAGUGUGAUAUAUUUUUUUAAAGAUACGUGUAGUUUCUAAAAAAAAACAGGUGGGGAAAAUGAAUGUUGCUAUUUUUGUAGAACAUAAUGACUGCGUUGUGUUUUAGACUGACACUUUUUAUUUUGGGGCCUAAGCUGUUAUGGUUUAAAGGCAAAAAAGGGCGUUGAUGAUAAUCAUUGGUUGUGGAGUUCCUCCCAUGUGGCAUUUCUACACAAGUGGCAGGGAAGCACAACUUCAAGCAACUCUUUUAUAUAAAACUGUACUUUUAGUACAGAAUACACUCAGAUUUCAAAACCAGAAAAGAAAAUCUAUACUUUUAAAAAUAGUAUAUAAAAAAGAAUUUUGAAUGCUUUAUAAGGAGAAAAAAAAACAUAUCUGAGGAUUGCACAUCGCCUUGUUUUGAAUUACCAUCUGGGUAUAGAGUAGUAAUAAUGUACAGCACUCACACUUAAUUAAACAUGGACAGGAUAAAAUGUUCCAUUAUGAAAAAAAAAAUCUGUGUUCCCUUAGAGAGGAGCAAGUUUAGAUCUUUUCCAUCCAUUUCAGGCUAAGGUCAUGUCCUCGGUCACUCGCUCUUCGUGAGCCCACAUCACCCCCUCGGAAAACCUAGGUUGUAGAUAUUGUCUGCUGUGGUGUCGAUCUUCUCACCCAUUCAUGUCCGUUAAGAUAAAUAUUAGCAGUGAAGAACUGUAAAAAAAAAAAACAGGAAAAAAAAUCACUCAAGGUAAAGAUAGAAAUCGAAGAUUAUUGUUCCAGUUUUAUUUUGCUUUUUUUUUUUUUAAUUUUUUGUUUGUUUUUUUGGGGGGGUUUUUUGUUUUUUGUUUGUUUGGUUUUUUUGGAUGUCUUGCACUGUAAAUAUCUGCUCACUUGUAUGGCUAGAUUUCUUAUUCUCCUCAUGUAGCACACCACGCUUGAGCAUAUCCAGCUGUUUUAUGACACAAAAGAUUUAUACUGUGGAUAGAGGAUUGAAGAACAGGUAGAAAUGAUAAACGCUAAGAGCUGCAUCAUAGCACUACUCAGCAUCACAUGCUUCAGUUACGUCAGUUUGUUUGGAGGUACAAUGUAAUACCAACUCGAGAGGGGUGCGGAAACUACACUUUAAAUGGCCUUUUUUCCAAUGUAUUAUCCCACGACCAAAUGUUUUCAACUUCGAAGAUACUUCAGAUCAGCGUAUUUUGUACUUAAUGAGGAAGCACCAACAUAAUGUUAGUGGAAAUAAUUACGUUUGGAGACUGGUAUGCACAUUGUGGUGUUGCAUCCUUACUACACUUCGAUCCAGGGAGAGUUUCUGUAGCUUUUGAUGCAGUAAUAUUGUUUACUUUCAAUACUUUGCCUGUGCAGAUACACAAGUUAAUAUACUGGAAUAAGGCGGUUGUGUUGUAAAGUGAUACCUCAGUAUGUUUUCAUGCGUGUGCAUGCUGGUGGAAAAUCAAAAUGUCACUAAUAUUCUGAAGUUAUUGAACUGAGGUGCAAAAGUUAGGCCUAUAUUUUAAUAGCAGUUGUUUCCAUGGUAACAUGCCAAAGUCACCUUAAAAAGGCAAAGUAAUCAGAUCUUGUUUUUUGGUGUCUGACUAGUUAAAGUAAUAUAUUUUAAUAUAUUUUAAUAUUAAAAAUCUAUUUGCUAAUUGUUUUUCAAAUCAACAGGGUAUUUACUUCGAUAAUAUAUCGGCUGUCCGCUUUUCCUGCGAUUUUGUUUGGACUGGACAGACCAUUGUAUGUAGAAAAACUACUUUUUUAAUUCGAAUUGCCCAGGUACCUGAUUCUGUAUGGCCCUUUUCUUUCAGUAGAGCCCGUUGUCUGUUUUUCCAUUGAGGUCUUAUCCAAUAUUUGUAUCCCACGAGUCAUAAGCUUGUUUAAUAACUCUGGGGCAUUGAUCCUUGUCAGGAUUUGGGGAAAUAAAACAUGAAUAGGUGUUUUUACUGCACUAGAUCGAGAUGGGUGGAGAAUUCCAGGCUCAGUUUUAUUUGUUGCAGGGUGGUUGGUUGGUUUUAAUGGGAGAUGACUUAUACGAAAAAUCUUUUUUGGCUGAAUAGCAGUGGUCUCAAUGGUUUCCCAAAUUUUGUAAACAUGUUCAAAUUUGAUUUGAUCCCCUUAAAUGGUUAAGUCUUAUUUGGUUGAAUGUCUUUGUUGUCUUCAUGAUGCAACGUUUACCGCUCUGGAAACUGCUGGGGACGGGAUUGCACUGGGAAAUAAACCAUCCAGUCUACAGUAUAACAAGCCCUAAAGGCAGCUGACACCUCGGAGGGGGUCGGGAGGGGGUUCAGGCAGCCCUGCUCAUCGCCCCUCUUCUCUUCAGUCAUUAACUUUUCAUAAUUACCGUUUUGUGCGUCGUUUAGAAGUGUAGGCCAUUGAAUUGGCUGGGAAGAAAAUAAUGUCAUGGGCAAUCGGAAACAUUUUGAAAUGUCACAUAUGUCGUAAGGGUGGAUUUUCUUGUCUGUCCGUGUCAUUUUCUCUGUUUUUGGAUUGUUUUUAAGUCUCCAUUUAAAAUGCAGGUGAAUGUAAUAUAGUUUUCAGCACUUGUAAACAAAGUGUAUUUUAUCAAAAGAUAUAUAGGCUAUUAUGAAUAAAUAACA